AACCGAAGCAAAUAGAUUGUUAGCCCUAAUGAAUGCAAUCAAUAUAGGCUUGGAAAUUCCUGCUUGUCGUGAUUUGGAUCUGUCCAUUUUGUUCUGAUAAGGUAUCGUUUAUUCAACCAUCCAGAGGGAACAGAGGGUGGGUGACCCUUUUCCACUGUCUUCACUUCCUGACAGUCACAAAAACCCAUUCGUGUUCCUCAUAACCAAACUGGAGGGAAUUGUUAAUUGUGAAUUAGGAAUUAAAUAAGCCAAUGAUUAAUCACCAUUAUCGAUCUGGAUAUCAAGAUAACGAAAUUUAAAGGAAGAAAGAAACGGAAGAUAACGAGAUUUAAAGGAAGAAAGAAACGGACUGGCAAAGGUUGCUGUUGGCCAGAGAAAGCCACACCACCGGCAGUUUUGUAGACAAUAACUAAGCUGGAACGGUGGAACCUCAACUAUUGAGUUGUUGUAGUUGUCAAUUAAGACUCAAUUUCUUUAAUCGUGAUAUAUUUAAUAGGAUAAUUCUUUACUUUUUUAUAUAAAAAUGAAAAUUAUUUAUAUGAUAUGUAUAUAUCUAGCCAAAAAUUUCAUGUAUAAUUGUUGAAAAUUCUAGUCCGGGUGAAAAAGAAAAACUCUUGAGAGAAGCAAAGAGAGUACAAACUGGAACUUGCUUAAAAUUUCAUGCCUUCAAAUCCCAUAAACGAAAAUGGUGACCUUCUAAUAAGUAGAGUUUUUUAAGUUUAAGCUUUAUGAUUUCAAGUUUUCAGUUACGAAUUACAUUUACUCGAAAUACAUGUUUGAUGAUCUAUUUUUCCUAGAAAUUUGAAUUAGGAGAAUUGAGAAUGUAUGAGGCCUAUGAAUAUAUGUUAAGGUAACCCGCCGCCUAAUAAAGGUGAGCACAGAACUUUGAGAUACCUCACCGCCUAAUGAAGGUGAUAGCAUGUUAUGUGAUAUGUAUUUUUGAGGUACUUCACAACCUAAUGAUGGUGAAGUUGAUAUGUGUGUGAGGUGUAUGUGUUGAGUGAGUGUUAGUAAGGAAAGGAAACUCCCGGGUGGUUGGAUCACUGCUGGACGACAAUAUGAUACACAGUAGUUGAUCAUGCAUGAUACCGGACGGCAAAUUGAAACUCGGGUCAUUACCUAUGAUAUGGCACCGGACGACGAAUCGAAAAGUGAGCCAUUUCCUAGGAGGUUAUGACACCGGAUGGCGAUACGAACGCGGUGGUCAUAGGAUAAGGAGUGUCUAGUUUUGAGGUUAAGGGUGGAGAGUAAUGUCAACUCCCACAAAUUCAUUUAAAGGAUAAUGUUAAAGGAAGGGAGUAAGAACAACUCAUGUAAAGUAAAGGUAAAUGUUUUAGUUUAUUAUAAUAUUUUGAGUUUUGAAGGUGGCGAGUAGUAACAACUCCCACGUGUUUAAGUGUUAGUGUUAAAGGGUGGUAGUAUAAACAACAUCCACGAGUUUUUAAGGUGAACACUGAAGGGCGAAAUCUUAAGUGCUCUGAGAUUUUAGUAACGGCGCAGACUGGCCCCUUCUCACUCACCAGAUAGAGAAAGGGUUAGAGAGCGAGUAGCUCGAGAGUAGUUAGCGCGAGACGAGCAGCAGCACCAUCAGUGAGGAUGUCUCAAGAGGGAUCACAUUAAGAAAUUGCAAUUGGAUAUUCUUGUUAUGUCAUUUCAUGAUUAUGAGUUUAUACUGCAGCUUCAGAUCUUAGUGUUUUAUGAAUUGGAUUUGCCCAACUAUCUAGGGCUCUUUACAGUUGAAUUACAAGAAAUGGUUCAGUUUCUUUUGUUUUCCUUGUUUUGAUUUUAAGGAAUUUUACUCUGCUUCGGAGCAACAAUUUUAUAUGUUUGGUUAAAAGGGAUCAGGAUGUUACAAAUGGAUUUAGAGCUCAUAUCUAACUCCAUAAGACAUUUUGUCACUACUGCAGCCUAAUAUUUGGAUCAAACUAUCAUAGUUGAAUGCACAAACAUAUCUGGAGUAAUUCCUUCAUAUAAGAUAGUAUGGUAUGGAAAGCAACAAGCAGUUGAGAAACAAUAUGGAAACUGGGUGGAUUCAUACACCAUGCUUCAACAUCUUAUGAUUGCAUUCUUGGAUCGAAAUCUUGGAUUUUGUUAUGAAUGGGAUCGCAUUGAGAAUGAUGCUCAUCCAUAUUAUCGCAUCUUCUCAUGGUUGUUUUAGGCUUUCCAAUCAUGCAUUGAGGGCUUCAAGCAUAGUCUACCUGUCAUAUUUGUUGAUGGUACCUUCCUUACUGGUAGGUACAAAGGGGUUUUGCUGAUGACAUGCACUCAAGAUUGUAACAGAAGAUUACUGCAUUUGGCAAUUGUAAUGGUAGAGAGCGAGAACAGUAGGAGUUGGCAUUGGUUUUUCGAACACCUCCAAGGAUACAUCACUCAACGGGAAGGCCUUUGUAUUAUAUGAUCAACAUCAAUGUAUUCAAAAUGCAAUGGAAAAACAUUAGUGGUGGAUAUGAAGAAAAAUAUUUGGCCAAUUGGUAGGUUUAAUAUAGGUGGUCUAUUUAUUAAAUUGGUAUUAAGUUUACUCCUUAAAUGAUCAUCUAGUAUUCAUUUUCAAUUUGUAGGUGUGCAGAAUCAAAUACACAAGUAUGCGACCCUGGUUGAGAAAUUUGUUGUCAUUGAUGCAAGGUCAAGAUUGCAUAGUAUUGGAUGGUUCACGUAGUAACAGAUAUACUGGAGUGCAUGAAUGUUGUUAGGAAAGAAGUUCAUGGCAUGCCAGUUGAGACACUUGUGUUACGAAAUUUUUGGUGCAUGGUUGAGUACUUCAAUGAUCAUCGUAUGGAUCCUAAGUCUGACUUUGAAAAAAUAGGCAAUUUAUUUACUAAAUAUUGUGUGACGAAUGUAUAAGAAUAUUGCUUUAGGAAAACUGUCGUCAAGUGAGACCAUUUGAUUCCAUGGCUGCAAGGUUUGAAGUCAUUAUUGGCGUGAACAAUGAAGUAAAUAGAGGAGGCAAUUUCCAAGUGGUUCACCUCAAUAUUGAUUAUAGGUCUUGGAGGUGCACGUACAUGAGGAAAGUUUCAAGGGACAAUUAUACCAUGUUCCCACGCAAUUGCAUGCGUCCAGUUUCUACGCAUGGAUGCUAAAGUUUUCAUCAAUGCUAACUAUUCGAUAUCGGCUCUUAGGGAGUGCUAUGAGUCUGGAUUCGAACCACUUGGUGAUAGGCGGCAUUGGCAAGUGUAUCUCGGACCUUACCUUCUUCCAUGGCAAGCAACAAGAGAAAAUGCAAUCCUGACACAUAAAAUAUAAGUUUUAUCACCUCAUUAUGUGUCAUGUUUUGCACCAUUUAUGCGUAUCUUUAGCCAUUUUAAUUUGGAUUUCCUUGGAUUUUGCUAAAUGGUGCAUUUGGUAGUCUCUAUGACUGUUUACACAUGUGAUGCCUUUUUGGGUAGUUUUUUUUUUUUUUUUUGUAUAUUUUUCAUAUCAAAGCAUCAUAGAAGCUCAUCAUGCGGUUUUUAUGUCAGAUGGUGUUAUACAGGGGAGUGUCGUGCGAUUUUGGUGUCAAAUGGGGUUAUAUAGGGAUAAUCAAAUUCAAUGUGGACCAUCAGCAGAUACAAGACCCUCUCCCUCUCGACAAGAACAAGAUGAUUCAUGCCCGGCGAGGGGAGUUCUUGUUCGAUGUGAUGGGGCAUGGCGGAAGGGUUGCGAUGGAGGCAUUGGCUUUGCCGGAUUCUCUGACAGCGGAGUUCACAUGUUUGAUUACGGCAAAUACUAUGAAGAUAUCUCUGAUACUUUCCUUACGAAGCUUUUACUGACACAAUUAAUUGGUGCUUGACUCACGAUUUCUUACUGUGAAUUUAUGUGGGGACAGUCAAAAAAUAGUGCGGCGUAUUCGAGAGGGCUAUGUAGCUCAUGGUACGAGUGGCGCAGUGUUGGAGGAAGAUCGAUUGGUUGUAUCUGCUUUUUAUAUUUUCUCUUGUUUCUUUUACUUUUCAUAGGUACAACAUGCCUAUUCAUUUAGUAGCUAACAUGUCCCUUUCAUCGAUAUUUCGAUUACUUGUCGACCAUCUUAUUUGGUUGGUUGAUGUGUUAUGACUAUCUAUAACCCCUAUCUAUGAAAAAAAAAUCUUUAGUGCUGGCUGAGUGCUGACAUAGGUCUUGGACUUGGGCUCGCUUGAACCUACCCACACCAAGCCUUCCCAUUUAUCCGGAUAAACACAUAUCAUAAAAACCUACCAAUCCGAUGGUGCUAAAUGUCUGGGAACCGCUAGCUGGUGGUCGGCUACCAUGUCCUCCGUCGCACUAUUCCCCAUUACUCCGCCACCGGCGGCAUCUAAUCCCGCGUGCCGGCCAUCCUCCACUGCCAACUCUCCAGGUCCAGAAAAACUUGCUGCACUGAUAGACAAAUCCAAAUCCGCAAACCAGCUCUACCAAAUCCAUGCCUUCCUCUAUCGCCACAACUUAAGCGACCACCAAAUCCUCUCCUUCAAGCUUCAGCGCUCCUACUCUGCCGCCGGCCGUCUCGACCACUCACUUUCGAUUUUCCGGCAAACUCAGACCCCCGACGUCUUCUUCUACAGCUCAAUUAUCCACGCACACGCGCUCCACAACCUCCACAAAGAUGCCCUCCUCUUGUACGUCCAAAUGCUCUCCGAUAACGUCACCCCAAACACUUUCACCUUCUCGUCGAUUCUGAGGUCUUGCCGGCUUCAAGCCGGCAAGGCAUUGCACGGGCAAGCGACGAAACUCGGGCUCGAAUCAGAUACCUACGUGAGUACUUCACUCCUUGACGUUUAUGCCAAAGGGGAAGAUAUGGAGUCUGCGCGCAAGCUGUUUGAUUCUAUGCCCGAGAGAAGCUUAGUGUCGCUGACGGCGAUGAUUACUUGCUACGCCAAGUGCGGGAUGGUUCGAGAGGCGAGGGUGCUUUUCGACGGACUGCAGGAUAAAGAUGUUAUCUGUUGGAACGUGAUGAUCGAUGGGUACGUUCAAUUUGGGUCGCCGAACGAAGGGUUGUCUCUGUUUAAGCAGAUGCUGAGAGCUAAAGUGAAGCCAAAUGAAGCAACCAUGGUCGCGGUUCUCUCCGCUUGUGCUCAAAUCGGGGCUCUGGAGUCAGGGAGAUGGCUCCACUGGUACGCGGAGAAUCACGGGAUUGAUAUCAAUGUCCGCGUCGCGACUUCCUUCAUCGACAUUUACUGCAAAUGCGGUAGCUUGGAGGAAGCCCGUCUGGUUUUCGAGAGAAUCACUCACAAGGACGUCGUGGCUUGGAACUCGAUGAUCGUUGGAUAUGCGAUGCACGGAUUGAGCGACGUCGCACUCCACUUGUUCGACGAAAUGUGUAGACUUGGGUACAACCCGACCGAUAUAACUUUUAUCGGCGUUCUGAAUGCCUGUGGUCACUCUGGCUUGGUUCGUGAAGGGCGGGAAAUCUUCUCUUCCAUGGCGAGGAAGUACGGUAUUGAGCCAAAAGUUGAGCACUAUGGGUGCAUGGUGAACCUCCUCGGUCGAGCCGGGUAUUUAGAAGAAGCUUAUGACCUGGUGAAGAACAUGGAAGUAGAGCAGGACGCAGUGUUAUGGGGAGCUUUAUUAGGCGCAUGUAAAAUUCACGGCAACGUUGCUUUGGGUGAGGAAAUUGCAGGGCUGAUGAUGAGACAGAAUCUCGAGAAUUCCGGCACAUAUGUUUUGCUGUCCAACCUCUACGCCAAGGCAAACAACUGGGAAGGUGUGGCCAAGGUGCGAACCAUGAUGAGAGACGGCGGAGUAGAGAAAGAGCAUGGUUGUAGCUCGAUUGAAGUGAACAACAGAGUGCACGAGUUCGUUGCUGGAGACUCGUGGCAUCCGAGGAGCAAAGACAUCCAUAUGAUGCUCGAAGAGAUGAAUGCGUGGGUGAAGGCUCAAGGGUACACCCCUCGGACGGACACUGUGUUGCAUGAUCUAGGGGAGGAAGAGAAGGAGAAGUCCCUUGGUGUACACAGCGAGAAACUGGCCAUGGCUUUUGGGCUCAUUAGUACUGAACCAGGAGCCACAAUAAGGAUCGUGAAGAACCUCAGGGUGUGUUCUGAUUGCCAUGAUGUGAUGAAGUUGGUCUCCAAGAUCACUCGUAGGGCGAUCGUAAUGAGAGACAGAAAUCGUUUUCACCAUUUCGACAAUGGCUCGUGCUCUUGCGGUGAUUAUUGGUGACUUUCCAUAUCCUUACAUUACAGAUCACAAGGCCAGAGCGCAGAGCACAGAGCACAA